AUGAUCUUCUUUUACCUGGCCCUCUUCUGCUCUCUUGUGGCUGGCGGCCCGACGCAGUAUUAUGUCGAUUGCAACGCCACCUCUCCCGGCAACGGGUCCUUGGCCGGGCCUUGGAACUCGCUCGGCUCGGUCAACAGCUUCGUCUUCUCGCCCGGCGAUGUGCUGUCCUUCAAAUCCAACAUCACAUGCAAAGGCGUCGUGGCUCCCCUAGGCAGCGGGAACCUCACCCACCCGAUUCGCAUCAUGUCGUACCCACCAGAUUCCAUCAACGGGCCCCCCAUCCUCGACGGGGACGGCAACAACUACACGCUGCUACUCAAGAACCAGGAUCAUUGGCGCAUCUCGAACCUUGCCGUCACCAACCCUGCGGCGGACCUGGGCCGUCGCCAAGGCAUCUUGAUCAUGGCGGACGACGGGAAGGUUCACAGCGACAUGGUGGUGGAUCACAACACCGUGUACGACGUGGCCGGCCAGACGAACAAGGCGACGCACUCGUCCGACUUUGCAGGGUCGGCGGGGAUUUCCAUCAACACCAGCAACGGCAGCCGGAUCGACGACGUGUGGGUGCGCGACAACAAGGUGCAAGACUGCGGCGGCGGCGCCAUCAAGGUGCGUCCCGGUCAAGCCACCAACCAGGGGCGGAAUGCCCGGGUGUCGUACAACAGCAUCGACGCGUGUGGCGGUGACGGCGUCAUCAUCGCCUAUGCCGACUCGCCGUCCAUCGACCACAACGUGGCCUCCAACCUGGGCAAAGGGAAAUACCCCUGGACCGGAGGCAACUUCGCGGCCAUGUGGGUCAUGUGCGACCACAACCCGGUCAUCGCCCACAACGUCGUCUACGGCAGCGCCAUGAGCCUGUACGACAGCGAGGCCUUUGACUGUGACUGGGGCAACACCGGAACCUGUCUGGUCGAGUACAACUACAGCCACGACAACGCCGGCGGCUCGUUCCUGAACUGCGACGGCUGCGGCGACCCCAAGGGCCCGACCCAGAUCGUGCGGUACAACGUGUUCGAGAACGACUGCCGCAUGGUCAGCGUGGGCGAGCUGCCCGAGUUGUGGUUCUGUAACAACGUAGUCUACUGCCCCAAGCAGGAUUUCAGCAUCAACGUACCGCCCACCACCCACUUUGUCAACAACAUCUUCGUCGGCACCGCCAAUGCCACCUUGCCGACGGGGAGCGGCGUCGACUGGAAGAGCAACUUCUUCCAGUCCGUCACCCCGCCGACCGAGAAUGGCUUCACAGGGAAUCCGGGCUUCGUCAAUCCCGGCCUGGCCGGGAAAACCCUAGGUGCUGCCUUUGGCUAUCGGGUCAAGCCCGACUCCCCGGUCUUGUCCAAGGGUUCGGUGGUGCACGGCAAUGGGAACCUGGAUUUCUUUGGUCAUGAUGUGUCAAACUAUACCGCACCGAACCUCGGGGCGUAUAGUGGUGCUGGAGUAAGUCUAUGA